UUGCUACUGGCCGCCCAAGUAGAUACGCUUCUCGUCUCUCUGUUUUCAUUCAAUUUGUUUGUUUUUUCGGAGAAUUUGUUAUCUUUAUGCAUUUGUUUUCCAUGCGGGAAUAUGCUGUUAGAAAAAAAAAUGCAUUGGAUUUACACUCUCCUUGCGUCUCCAAUGGCGUAAGGGAGAUGCAUCUGAUGCAGAAAUCGAACAUAGGUUGGCUUACCAGCCCAUUGCAUUUUUGUUUUGCUCUGGUGUCAAAUGGACCUUCCCAUAUUCAAUUGCCAAACCUUUUUUUUCUUUGAAUAUUGGAUUCGAUUGUGCGAUAUAUGAUAUAUUCACUGCUGUUUUCUGCUAAAACUGUUCUCUUUUCUGUAAAAACAGUUUUUAACUGGUUAAUUUGAUGUUAUUCAAUCGGUAGAAGGCAAAUGACGAGUAAUCUUAUCCUACACACUGAAAUUUGAUGUAGAUCAAAACUCCGCUUAUUAUCUGAUGCCUUGAUUAAGUCGUUAUUUUUCUUUUUUCCUUUUUUUUUUCUUUCUCAUUUUAUGAUUAAAUUUUUGUUUUGUUUUUUUUUUUUUUUAAUUUAGUUAUUAGUUAUGUUCUUGGCCAUUUGAUAUUGGCUUGAAAGUAUUUCUCAGUGAUGAGAAAAAGCAGACGGGCGGUCAGAACCUGAUGCCGUGUUGAAUGUCUGCACUCUUCCUAUAUGGAAAUGCUCUGAGGGACUUGUAUUUUUAGUUUGUGUUUGUUACUUUUAUCUCACAUAUGAGUCCAUUUUUAAUUAAGUUUUGGGUUCACUUCACCGAAAUUCAAUGAUGAACUUGCUAAAUUAUGUCUGGACAUAUGAAUUUGUCUCUGAUUAUAAGCAAAUUCUGAGCUGAUUCACGAUCUGUAUCAAUAAACAUUUUGAAGUGAAUGGAUUUUGCAGUGUUUAAUAAUGAAUUAAUAUGUAAGAACAUGUGAUCCCUAUGGAAAACUCAGGACCAGAAGUUUCAAGAAUGCUGGACUGCUGGAGUUGUUGCAACUAAGGGUUUCUUGAGCUGAUAACUACACGGAUGACUUGUGACCAUUCAUCAACAUAAUGGAUCAAAUAUGAAAUAGAUGUUACAACAGGAAACCUUCUUAGUACACAAAUUUGAGCCCAGUUGUAUAUCAAGAUUUUACUGUGUCCAUCUUGCUCUAAUUCUUGUACUGUAUUCUUAGAUUAACUGUAUACAAUAUACUUGUGAUGGUGAUGUUUGGUACCAUCAAUUUCUUCUACUGGAGUUGAAUGAUAGAAAGUUACAUUCUUUUCACGUGAUCUGCCAAUAAAUGACCAUCUCUCAAUUCAGAAUAGAUUGUCAUGUGAUCUGUCGGUGUGCCUUCUCCAUUAUUGUGAAUUUAUGGCUUUAUUAUAUGGUGAAUUAAAUAGUGACACUGCAAGUUUGUAACUCCCUAAAAUGUUCUAGAAAAUCUUCUUUUUACUUGAACAGUAUCAACUAUCAAGUCCCUUUGUUUUUAGAUUAUGAAUGAAACAGCAUUUGAUGUCUUUUUUGAUAUUGUGCUUCAGAUAUGAUAAAAAAGGUGUCUUUCUAUCAAUUGUUUUGUUCUUGUUGCUGUUGUGUUUGUAUAAGCCUAAAGCCUGAAGUUUCCCCAUGUAAAAGGGAUCCUUGAAUGUAUUAGCAGUGGUCCCGAGGCAACUACAUCGUCGGUGUAUGAGCGGUAGUAAAUCUCUUAUACAUCAACCCUUUCACCUCCAAAUAAUUUUGAGCAGGCAACUUAGGACACUGUACUUUGAUUGUUGUAUGAAGAGAUGAGAGACGAAGAGGCGCAAGUAAAGACUAAUGGUGUUCAGAAGAAAGAAGGCUUCAAAUACAAGCUAUGGGUAUUGGCUGCAAUUCUUCUGCUAGCUGGUUGGACCAUGUUCACUGGCUCCAUCACUCUCAGCCUGAACUGGAAACAUCUUUCUGCAAAACCUCACUCUCCUGCCAUCCAUGAGGAUCUUGAUCUCUUGGAAGUGGAGGAAAGAGAGAAGGUGGUGAGGCAUAUGUGGGAUGUCUACACAGAGAGUAGAACUGCAAGAUUGCCAAAGUUCUGGCAAGAAGCGUUUGAGGCGGCGUAUGAGGAUAUGAUGAGCGAUUCCUCUGCUGUCCGGGAUGCUGCAGUGACUGAGAUUGCCAAGAUGUCUCUUCACUCCAAAGCCAAACCAGAAUCCCCUCCCAUCCAAUCCAAUUCCAGAGAAUUGGAGAGUGGAACUGGCAAGAAGAAAGGUAAUUAGCUGCAGAACAGGGAUAGCCAGUCCGGAAGCUGCACCAUCUCUAGAGUCAUAGAAUUAUACGAACAAUAAAGUGCAAUAUUGACAAAAGGAUUCUUGUUGUAAUGAUGAUUGUAAUACAUACUUCCAUUUCAUGUAAUAAAGUUCAAUUAGCGUUUGUUUUUCAAA